AUGGAGUGCAAUCUGGGCAUAGGGGAUGACCGGUACAAAGGCACCAAGAAGACAGGUCCAGAUGGCAUAAAAGAUUAUAAAUCAAAAUUUCCUGCUAAUACUAAAUACAUUGGGGAAAAGCGUCCAGUAUUAGGAGCAACCAGUGAGCUUGAUUACUUAUGGAGACCUGCCCCAAACAGGAGUUUUACAGCAAGAGAGAAACAUUUUUAUGUUGGUGAAAUUGGUUGGGGAAUACCAGCACUGAGUUUCAUCAACCAAUCAAGACUUGAGACAGGUGUAAACAUCAAGAGAGGAGAAUUUCGAAGAUUUCUGGAGGACACCAUCACUCAUCGGUACCAAAAUCCAUGGCAUCCUAAACCUCAAAUUCUGGAUCUGCAAGGAGCAAACAGUCGAGGUAACCUUGCCUGGAAUAUCGGUGAUCACGAGAACAUCACUGAAAGACAUUCCAAGUGGGCCACUGUCGUCAGGAACCUGAAGAAUGUUUCCAUGAGAUUUUCUUCCUGCCCAAAGCUACCCAAAGUGACCAGGAAGAAGAGCGAGAGGGAAGAUCUCAGCGCAAGAUUUCAGACUAGACAACAGAGUCUAGAGUAUGACCAUCACCUCCCUGUUCUUUGA